UCUCUCUCUCUCUCUCUCUCUCCUUGGAAAUUUGACUGCAAAACAUGUUGUCUCGCAAAUCUGUGAAAUGGGUUCUACUGUUGUUGGUAAUCUCUAUGUCCGUGUUUGAAUUAUCCAGCUCCAAAGCUGAUCCUCGUUGGGCAGCAAAGAAGAGACGCAUGAGAGAGAAAGUUCGCAAAAUGUUUUACCAUGCAUAUGACAACUACAUGGUCCAUGCCUUUCCGCAUGAUGAGCUAAAACCUAUUACAAAAACUUUCACUGAUUCCCUUAGUGAGCUUGGAAAUCUGAAGCUUGAACACCUACCACAUGACUAUAAUGGAUCUGCACUCUCACUAAUUGAAUCUUUGUCCAGCCUUGUUAUUAUGGGAAACAACACGGAAUUUGAAAGGGCAGUUCUUUGGCUGUCUGACAAUCUAAAAUUCAAUGUUGAUGCAAGGAUAAAUCUUUUCGAGUGCAACAUAAGAGUUCUUGGGGGACUAGUAUCUGCUCAUAUGCUUGCGACUGAUUCUACAAGCAGGUUGGUUAAAGGAGCUUAUAAAAAUCAGAUGCUUAGUUUGGCUGAAGAUCUUGGGAGACGAUUCUUACCAGCUUUCAACACACCUACCGGACUGCCCUAUGCAUGGAUUAACUUGAAGUAUGGAGUAAUGGAGAACGAGACUACUGAAACAAGCACUUCAGGAUGUGGUUCUCUAAUUCUUGAAAUGGGAGCAUUGUCACGGUUGACUGGUGACCCUAGAUAUGAAUCUGCUGCUUUACGUGCUCUUCGUAAGUUAUGGAGUAUGAGGAGUUCAUUGAAUUUAUUCGGAACAACUCUGGAUGUGGUAACUGGGGAAUGGAUUGAAUAUUCAUCUGGUAUUGGGGCUGGGGUUGAUUCAUUUUAUGAGUAUCUUUUCAAGGCACACAUUGUUUUUGGAAAGGAAGAGUUUUGGAAAAUGUUUCAUUUGGCGUAUGUUGCUGUGCAGAAAUAUUUUAGACAUGGGCCAUGGUACCACGAAGCAGAUAUGAGGACAGGAAAAGCAACUUAUUGGCAGCUUACAAGCCUUCAAGCAUUUUGGCCUGGCCUACAGGUUCUUGUUGGAGAUAUUGCAGCGGCAAAUUCAUCGCAUCGCAAGUUUUUCCACGUGUGGGAGAAGUUUGGAGUAAUACCGGAGAGGUACUUGUUAGACCAUCAAAUGUUGCAUCCUACUGAAAAGUAUUAUCCACUGCGCCCUGAACUUGCCGAGUCAACAUUCUACUUGUAUCAAGCAACUAAAGAUCCAUGGUACAUAGAGGUGGGAGAAACAAUAGUGAAUUCUCUUAAUGCACACACCAAAGUGGAAGGAGGUUUUGCUAGCGUUAGAGAUGUAACAACCAUGCAGUUGGAAGAUCAUCAACAUAGCUUCUUCCUUGCUGAAACGUGCAAGUAUCUAUUUCUUCUGUUCGAUGAUUCGUUUCUGGCCGAACAGAACUAUAUUUUCACUACCGAGGGUCAUCCUCUUCCUGUGUUAAGUGCUUGGCAUGAUAGACUUCCGGAGGCCUAUAUACCAACCAACUGGAGUUUUGUCAAGAAAGAAAGGCUAGUACGGCAAGCGAGUUCAAUGUCUUUGCAAGUAUGUCCGGCCACCACAUUGAACACGGGAGAACAUGGUGGGCAAUGGGUCGAGAGCGCUUGCCAUGUCCCUGAUGCGCGUAGUGACCAUAGAUGUAUAGCCGACGAAGACUGCGGAAUCGAUUCGACCACUUGUAGACGAAGAUCAUGUAGCAUAGCUGGCUAUUGUGGGCCGUGGUUGUUCUUAUGAUACCAACAAUAGAACCAGAGAUUCUUUUGGAAACAAAAAAGAAUAAAUGAGCACAACAUGACACUGGAAGAUUGCAACUGGCAUGUAUAUUUAUUAUUGAAUCUUUCGCGACUUUAUUGAUGGGGUACUUAGGAUUUGGACAAAAAGAGGAUAGAAAUGCAUUUAUUGUAACUGGCAUGUUCUUGUGCUCACAAGGAUAUUGUGGUUUGUUAAUGUAACAUUUAUUAUUAUUUUUUAUGGGAUUACUCUAGGAAAUUAUACAUUCGAUUCUAGGACACGAAUUACAUUUUCGAAAGAUAUAUGGAAAUGUGUAUAAUGCUGGUAUUUUCAGCUUAUAGG